GACUUUACACAUCCGGGCAUUUGCAGGUCGAUAAGAGUUACGCGCCCCUUGACUACUGGGGUAAACAAAUCGAUUUCCGCCAUAUUGAUUAGUACAGAUACACGAAAUUAAAUAGUUUUCUUCCGUAAUAUUCGAUAAAUAUCGACAAAAAAUGCCAAAUUCUUGUUGUGCUGUUGGAUGCAGCAAUCAUGGAAUGAUGAAAAGAAAAAUUUCUUUCUUUACAUUCCCAAGCGAUCAGGAAAGGCGAAGUAAAUGGAUAUCAGCUGUGAAGAGAAUAAAUGCCGACGGAUCAAAAUGGCUACCGGGAAAAUACACUGUAUUGUGUAGUGACCACUUCAUUGAAGGCAAACCAAAUCGAGACCCAGCACACCCGGACCAUAUUCCAUCACUAUUCCAGCAUGUUGAAAGAACACCUAAAGAAAAUCAGUCAAAGCUGCAACGGUUCGCAAGUGCUGUGAAAAGAAAGAUAGCCUUUAAUACACCAACACCAGCAAAGCGUCAGCGAAAAGUGCUACCACCAUUAUGUGAAAGUGAAAACUCACAAGAAGAAGAGGUGUAUAUGGCCACCCCCCUUCAUGCAGAUGUGAAUAGUCAAUAUUUUGCUGAAUAUGAAAAAGCUCAGUAUAAUAUUGAAAUAAACAAUCUCCGUGCAGAAAAAGAGAAACUCAAAGAACAAAAUAAAGAACUUACAGACUCAUUACAGAGUGAAAAUUUAAGUUUCAAACAUGUUGAAAACAAUGAUGAAAAGUGUAAGUUUUAUACAGGAUUGUGCUAGGAAACAUUUAUUACAACAUUUCAGUUUCUGUCUACAUUUGUAAAACCAGCCCCAAAGAAUAGGAUGAUAAAUCUUGAAGAUCAGUUCUUCAUAACUUUGGUUAAGUUGAGGCAUGAUAUGGCCUUUGAGUUGAUAGCUGA